AUGACGAACUCAGGUACAAUUUUUUUUUCCGAUUGGGAUGGGACAAUCACUCUUCAAGAUUCCAAUGAUUAUCUCACUGAGAACAUUGGAUUUGGUCGUCCCAAACGCUUGGAAAUCAAUGACAGAAUUCUUGACGGGUCAAUGCUGUUUCGUGAUGGAUUUCAAGCCAUGUUAGAUCUGGUGACGACGCCCAUGCCUGAAUGUAUUGACCUUUUGCUUGCCAAUGUUGAUUUGGAUCCUGGAUUUCCUGAGUUUUACAAAUGGGCAACACUGAAAAAUAUUCCCGUGGUAGUCGUCCUGAGUGGAAUGACCCCUAUCAUCAAAGCUCUCCUCACCAAACUUGUGGGUCCGGAGGCAGUUGAUAAUAUUGAAAUUUUAUCUAAUGAUGUCAAGAUCGAGGAAGACGGUCUGUGGGAUAUUGUGUACAAGGAUGACUCCGAUUUCGGUCACGAUAAGUCUAAAUCGAUUCGUGAAUAUUUGGCACGGCAUAAGGUGGACACGAAUUCCACCCUUAUGUUUUACGCUGGUGACGGGGUGUCGGACAUUUCCGCGGCUAAAGAGACAAACUUGUUGUUUGCCAAACAAGGUAAGGAUUUAAUCACUUACGCUAAACGCGAAGGCAUCCCCUAUACGACUUUUACAAACUACAGUGACAUCUUAUCCAAGACGAAGGCCAUCGUCAAUGCUGGUGGAGCUAACAUCAAGGAAUUUCUUGAGAAUUAA